AUGGGCAUUGACAACCCAUCAAAGUGUGCCACAGCUUUUCAGGAGCAUUAUCUGGCUGAUCAGUGCUGGAAUGGCGGCUUUAUCUACCUAAUCAUGCUACGCCGCAUUAAGCGCAAGGCUCCUCUCCCUCCUUCUAAUGGCAACAACAGCAACAGCUGUGAACCUAAAGCAACUCCUACCUCAGAGCCCAGCAGCCGUCUGGUGCAAAAUGGGAAGAGAACAAGGAAAUUUGGAGUCAUCUCCAGGUCAUCUGUCAGUAAGGACAGUGGGGAGAACAGGAACAAUCAGGACUCUGAGCUAGAGAAUGGACAUUGUGCCCUCAUGGAGAUGGGUGGCCCGCGGCUAGAGACCAUGGAAGUGGGUGACAGGACAGAUGAACAGUUGCCAAAUACAGAGGUUCCUCUAGUCACGGGCCAUUAUAGACCUCGCUUAUCUGAAGGAAAGUCUGAUUUCAAGCCAAGUGACCAUCUGACACAGCGGGAAGGCUGCCGGAUAUGGAAGAUGCACAUGGUGAAAGGAUCAGACGGCCUGGGCAUCCAGAUAACUGGAGGCCGAGGAUCAAAGCGAUCACCCCACGGAAUCAUUGUCGCACACGUAGAAGAAGGAGGUGCCGCUCACAGGGAUGGCAGGCUGACCUCAGGAGAUGAGUUAUUAAUGAUCAAUGGCCAGUCACUUGUUGGCCUCUCACAUCAGGAAGCUGUGGCCAUUCUCCGUGCUGCAGCUGGGCUCGUUCAGCUGGUGGUGGCCAGCAGGGAAAAUUCUGAAGUGGACUUCCUCAAAUAUCCAUCUACAAGUUUGCCAGACUUGCUUAGUACUUAUUCAGGCCCGGAUGCUUCCUCUUAUACUGAUAAUAAGGAGAACGAAGAGCCAGAUGCUGAAGAAGAAAAGGGAGCCAGCCAGUCACCAAACCAUGGAGCAAUGAUUGAUGUUGAUAAGUCCCAAGAUCCCAGUUGUCUUGAAGGAUCCCAGGGGAACUGCAAGAGCCCCACUAUGGGAAGCUGCAUGAUGAAGUGCCGGAGCCGUUCCCAAGGAGGUGCGCCUCGUCUCGAAUCUGUUGGAGAAGAUGAUGAGCUAACAGUAGAAAAUGGUGAUUCCAACGUGGAGAUAUUGGAGAAGUUAUCUCGAAGUGCCCGGAAACAUUCUCUUCCACAGCAGCUUGACUCUGUUGGGGCAAGACAGGAAUACCACAUUGUGAAGAAAUCAACUCGGUCCUUGAGCACUGCUCAGGUGGAAUCCCCUUGGAGGCUAGCUCAGCCCUCCAUUAUCUCCAAUAUCGUGUUGAUGAAAGGACAAGGCAAGGGCCUUGGCUUCAGUAUUGUGGGAGGUCAGGAUUCAGCUAGGGGCCGGAUGGGAAUUUUUGUCAAGACAAUUUUCCCAAAUGGAGCUGCUGCUGCAGAUGGAAGACUCAAAGAAGGGGAUGAAAUCUUAGAAGUGAAUGGAGAAUCCCUACAGGGACUGACCCACCAAGAAGCCAUUCAGACCUUUAAGCAACUCAAGAAAGGUGUUGUGACCCUCACAGUACGGACAAGGUUACGCAGCCCAAGCCUUACUCCAUGUCCAACACCCACACUAAUGAGCCGAUCCAGCUCUCCAAACUCUAAUACCAGUGGAGGAACUCCUGCACCUGGCUCUGAUGAAGGAGAUUCUUCCUCUUUGGGUCGAAAAGGCCCUGGUCCCAAGGACAGGAUUGUCAUGGAAGUUACACUUAACAAAGGUGAUAUCAUGUGCUCCGCAAUGGGUCCUGUUCUCUUAUAA